GUAGUUGCAUCCUCCGAACUCCCCACCCUUCGUUCCCUUUAAAUCCAAACUCUGUCUCCUUCUUCCUCCCAACACAAACCAAACCAACCUCCACCAUUUCCAUAUGCAUUAACCUCUCUCUAAUCUCUCCUCUCUAUACUCAACUUCACUCCGGCUACGUCUCCGAGCAAACAUGACUACACAAGCGCCGGAGACGUUGUCGUCGUCAUCCUCGCCCUCGCAGGAAAACGAUAUCCAUCAUGUUCAAGUUACUACUAAGAAAGUACUUCCGAAUUUUCUUCUAUCCGUGAGGCUCAAGUACGUGAAGCUCGGUUACCAUUACCUGAUCUCCAGCGCCAUGUACAUCUUACUCAUCCCGCUCCUUGCGGCCGCUUUUGCUCAUCUCUCAACCCUAACCGUCGAGGACUUGGCUCGUUUGUGGGACCAGCUCAAGUACAACUUCGUCUCCAUCACCGUCUGCUCCAGCCUCAUAGUCUUCUUGACGACCGUCUACUUCACCACCCGGCCGAGGAAGGUGUACUUGGUUAACUUUGCGUGUUACAAGCCCGAGAACGAGCGCAUGUGCACUAGGGAGAUCUUCAUGCACAGGUCCAAGCUGACGGGGAGCUUCUCCGACGAGAACCUAGCGUUCCAGCAAAAGAUUCUGGAGCGCUCUGGCCUCGGGCAGAACACGUAUAUGCCCGAGGCCGUGCUGAGGGUUCCCCCAAACCCGUGUAUGGAGGAGGCCAGGAAGGAGGCGGAGAUGGUGAUGUUUGGGGCUAUUGAUGAGCUGCUGGAGAAGACGGGAGUGAAGCCUAAGGAUAUUGGGAUUCUGGUGGUGAAUUGCAGCUUGUUCAAUCCAACGCCGUCUCUGUCCUCCAUGGUUGUGAAUCAUUACAAGCUUAGAGGGAAUAUUGUGAGCUACAAUCUUGGUGGGAUGGGUUGCAGUGCUGGCCUCAUUUCUAUCGAUCUUGCCAAGCAGCUUCUCCAGGUGCACCCCAACUCAUAUGCCCUAGUGGUCAGCAUGGAGAACAUAACCCUCAAUUGGUACUUUGGCAAUGACCGCUCUAUGCUCCUCUCGAACUGCCUCUUCAGAGUUGGCGGUGCUGCCAUCCUCCUCUCCAACCGCUUCUCUGACCGCCGCCGCUCCAAGUACCAACUCAUGCACACCGUUCGCACCCACAAAGGCUCGGACGACAAGGCGUAUGGCUGUGUUUUCCAAAAGGAAGAUGAUACCAAAAGAAUCGGUGUAGCCCUCUCAAAAGACCUAAUGGCCGUAGCCGGAGAGGCCCUCAAAGCGAACAUCACUACCCUCGGCCCUAUAGUCCUACCCAUGUCAGAACAACUCCUGUUUUUUGCUACUUUGGUAGCAAGAAAAGUGUUCAAGAUGAAGAACAUCAAACCCUACAUCCCUGAUUUCAAGUUGGCAUUCGAGCACUUCUGUAUCCAUGCUGGUGGUAGAGCAGUGUUGGAUGAGAUGGAGAAGAACCUUGAGCUCACUGAUUGGCAUAUGGAGCCUUCAAGAAUGACACUUAACAGGUUUGGGAACACUUCUAGUAGUUCAUUGUGGUAUGAACUGGCUUACUCUGAGGCCAAGGGAAGAGUGAGAAAGGGACAUAGGAUGUGGCAGAUUGCAUUCGGGUCAGGGUUCAAGUGUAACAGUGCUGUGUGGAAGGCAUUGAAGACUGUCAAUCCAGCAAAGGAGAAGAAUCCUUGGAUUGAUGAGAUUCAUCUGUUUCCUGUUGAGGUGCCUAAAGUGGCAGCCAUUAAAAUUUCUUCUUAAUUGACUGAAACCACACAAUUGUUUGGGGAGAGACACUGUAUGAAUCAAUGUCUAUAAAAGCAUAAACUGAUCAUACUGGCCCUUGUGGUGUUUCUCUAGCUAUGUUUUAAAUUCAUUACAUGCAAGUUUUUCGAAAAUGUAUUGGACGUUUGGUGCAUUGAAUAUACAACAUGUUUACACGUACAA